UAUUUUGCUUAUUUUUGCUAACUUUUAUUUUCAGCCUGUGCAAAACAAAGCUGACAUGAGUUUAUCCCACAAUAUGUCAAGCAUGUAUCCUGAAUACUUUUUCAUCAUUGGACUUUCAGGUAUACACUACAGCAAUUAUUACUAUAUGUUCUUAUGCAUUACAUAUUUUAUAUCUGUAUCUGGAAACUCUUUAGUCCUUGUUUUAAUAGCUCUGUACCGGAGUCUGCACAGUCCAAAGUACAUUGGUGUGUUUAACUUGGCCUUGGCUGACUUUGGUGAAACUAAUGCUCUGAUUCCUAACAUGAUGAAGACUUUUCUGUUUGACUCCCAGUACAUCACCUACAAUGCAUGUUUGGCCAACAUGUUUUUUGUUCAUUUUUUUAGUACUGUGCAGAGUUUUGCUCUUGUUGUUCUGGCAUAUGACCGCUUCAUUGCAAUUUACUUGCCAUUAAGGUAUCACUUGAUUGUCAAUUAUACAUUCAUGUAUUUAAUUUUUUUGAUAGUUUGGGCCUUCAAUGCUUUUAUGGUGGCCUUGUCAGUGUCUUUGAUCACUCGCCUUUCUUUCUGUGAAUCCAACAAGAUAUACAGUUAUUAUUGUGACUAUGGACCAGUGUAUAGGUUGGCUUGUAAUGACAAUAGCAUGAAUGCUUUAAUUGCACAACUCUACACAGCUUUAUAUGUUGUAGCACCAUCGUUCAUUAUAGUCCUGUCAUAUUUGGGCAUUUUUCUUGCUUUAAGUAAAAUUACAACUUGGGAAGGACGUUUAAAAGCACUGAAGACAUGCAUAUCCCACUUGUUGUUAGUGGGAUCAUUUUUCCUUCCAAUAAUUUGUAUUUUCAUUGCUACAUCAACUAACUCUCUUUCAUCAAAUACAAGAGUCCUCAGCACAUCUCUGGCUCAUGUUAUUCCACCAAUGCUACAUCCCAUCAUUUAUGUUUUAAACACGGCUGAAAUCAAAGACGUAAUUAGAAAAAUAUUUAAAAACAGAUGUUCACCUGUUAGAAUCAACAUUUCAAAAUGA